AUGAAAACAUGCAAGUUCACUGCGCCGGCCACACGAACCGCGGCGAGGCCCCCGGAGGUGGGUGAUGAGCUCCGGGACUUUCUCAACGCACCCUUCCGGCUCAAUGUGGAGAGCUACGAAGACUUUGCAAAGCUGCUCCCGAGCCUGGGGCAGGAGGCCAGUAGCCGCGCGAGCGUGGAGGAGGAGUUGCGAAGGCUCAACAUCGACCCCAAGAUCUUCUACAAGAACCAGCGCCCGUUGCGGGCGAGCCAGUUCGUGCCCGAGGACUUCGGCUUCGAGCCUGAGCCUGAUGACCCUGAUGGUCCCCUGCCGGCAGUUUUCCAGCCACCAGCACGCAGCUCGGAGGCCAGUGCCAGCGCACCGGCUGCCGAGAUCAAUGCCGUGACUCCGGCAACCAGCGCCAGGGAACCCGAGUACGACGAGAUUGCGCUGGAGACGCAAGCCGAGACCUGUGGGGGCCGUCUAGGCCACGAGACACCGGAGGGACUUGGGUCGAAGCUGCAAAUCGACAGCUUGACGGAGGAUGGCGACGAGCCGGACUUCCGGAAGGAGCUGCUGAAGGAAGGGGAGGAGGAGGAUGCAGUUGAGGCCUUCUCUCUGGACCCGGACUUUGACUACGACAACCCGCCGGAGGGCAUGUCCAGCAAAAUUGACCCGCGGGAUCUCCGCGAGGUGAUGAGGGUGAGCCCUCCGCCGCCACGGGAAAGCAAUGUCGAAGAGGAUGUCGCAGAAGACGCUGUCCACGAGCCAUGA